GAGAGCGAGGAAGUGCAGGCCUACUGGGAUAUUCCCGUGUUUGUGGAAUAUAAUAAAGUUAGGGCCAAAAGAAUGCACGCAAGGAUAGUAGAUCAUCAAGCGAAGACAGUGACAACUCUGGAAAUGAGUUGCCCUUGGAUCCAGAAUCGAGAGAAGAAAGACGAGGAGAAGGUGUUGAAGUAUGGUCCCCUAUACAAGAUGACACAAUAUAACAUCAUAAUAUAUAUCUUGGGAGGAUGGUCUAGUUCUGUGGAGGGGUCCCUUAGCCAAUUAUUAGGAAACAGGGUGCAAAGAGGCGUUAAAGAGAAUGCGGAGACCUAUCAUCUCGAGUAGUUUAAACAUUGCUUGGACUUUUAAAGUUGUUGGAACAUAGUACAAACCUCAUUUUAAUCAUGAAGGACAUGUAUAUACCUUUUUAAUCUUAUGAACGGGGGUAAAGGAAAUCUAGAGACUUGGACAUUUAGCAUUACUAGUUGUAGAAUGUUCUUAAAUUUAUCGUUUUACCAUUUUGUCUGUUUAUUUAUAUAUACUUGUAAUUAUUAUUAUUAUUAUCAUUAUUAUUACAUAUUUUUUCUGAGGCUGUUCCUUAGUGCCCCAGGGUCACGUCCGACGCCCCUUGUGGUUGUUGCUAUAUGA